GGGACCUGGAGUGCCUCGUGGCAGGAGGAGCUCGAUCAUCUAUACUCCAUCAAGUGGUAUCAAGGCGCCCACGAGUUCUACCUAACACGCCCACCGCCCACGACCCCGUCCAGAUCUUUGACCCGCCCACGUUGGAUGUUGACCGGGACAAGUCGUGGGGUGGUAAGGUUCGAGUGGUCAACGUGAGUCUGGCAGCCGAGGGACCCUUCCACUGUGAGGUGUCUGCUGACGGCCCAACCUUUCAUACCGCCUCCGAUUCUGCCAACAUGAAGGUAGUGGACCUGCCUGACGGAAGGCCAGUCAUCACAGGCAUUAAGAGUCAAUACCUGGUUAUGGAUUGGGUUGACCUCACCUGUACGUCCCGGAGGUCACGCCCACCUCCUACCCUCACCUUCACCAUCAACAAACAGCCGGUAUCCGCGGGUUGGCUGGAACCUCAGGUCAACCAACAUGACCACGACGGCCUCAGCACCUCCUCCCUGCGGCUGCGGUUCUCCCUGCUGCCGCGCCUUCUGCAGGAGGGAGACGCCGUGGUCCUAUGUAUCUCCAAAAUACCUGGAAUCUACGAGCAGAUGGUUCAAGAGGUCCUCACCACCAACCCUCCCUACCACGCCUCCGUGCUUGGUGGUGGAGCGGCCCCAGGACAAGCAACAACCGUGGCGUCGACAGCAACUCUUGUCAUCUCCCUGUUGCUGACUCUCUGCGUCUUCCUCUCACCGCAUAUUUGAGUCAUCACCGCGUCACUGAGUCACUUGAAAUGGAGUCAGCACCCGCAUGAGUCACCUAUAUUGAGUCAGCACCCGCAUGAGUCACCUAUAUUGAGUCAUUACCCACAUAAGUCACCUAUAUUGAGUCAUUACCCAUAUGAGUCACUGAAAGUUGAGUCGUCACCCUCAUGAGUUACCUAUAAUGAGUCACCGCCUAUAUGAUUCACCUAUAUUGAGUCUUUACCCAUAUGAGUCACUGAAAAAUGAGUCAUCACCCUCUUGAAACACGUAUAAUGAGUCACCGCCUGCAUGAGUCAUCUAUAUUGAGUCAUCACCCACAUGAGCCACCUAUGUUGAGUCAUUAUCCGCAUACAGUAAGUCACAUAUAAUGAGUCACCGCCUACGAUGAGUCACCUAUAUUGAGUCAUUAAUCAUUGAGUCACCUAAAAUGAGUCAUCACCCACUAUGUUCUCUCUCUCUCUCUCUCUCUCUCUCUCUCUCUCUCUCUCUCUCUCUCUCUCUCUCUCUCUCUCUCUCUCUCUCUCUCUCUCUCUCUCUCUCUCUCUCUCUCUCUCUCUCUCUCUCUCUCUCUCUCUAGUACAAUUCUUCCUGACUAUGUGAGUCAGUCUCGAGGUUACACGGUCAGGCCUCAUAAGUCAGUACGUGUGUGUGUGUGUGUGUGUGUGUGUGUGUGUGUGUAAGUCAUCACUAAUCUUUUCAAUCCUUCAAGUGAGUUUUAAAUUUAGAUUUUUAAUACUCAAAAUUCAAUCGCUCCUAAUCUAUUCUCCAAGAGGUCAACAAUCCUUUUCAUCUAUUCUAAUCUAUCCUGCGUAACUUGGACGGCUCCUAUCCCUAGCCAGGCACUCCCAGGCUAGCUGUCACCUCGGCAACCUUGGAAGUUAUACCCAAACUGUCGCAAAGUUGGUUUUAAUAAGGUCAUGACACGACUGAGUUCAUUACAGACACCAGCCAAGUGUGAGUGUGUCGGAGGCGGAGAUGGACAGAGACAGAGAGACGGUGAUUAGAGAGUUUUUUCUUGUCAGAUUUUCAUUCAAGUUUCCCCUCAAAAGCCCCUCAGUUAUCGUAGUUUAUAUACAUUGAUGUUUCGUUAGAGGCGGCAUAGAAUAUGUAUCAAGUGAAAUAGAUGAAACGGAAUAAAUGCUUCACGCGACGUAUCAUAAACUCCGAGAUAGAGGUAAUUUUUCAGUUUGUCAUGACGGAAAUUUUAGACCAGCGCUCCCUUUAAAACCAUUGCCAUAUUUCUCUCUCUUGCCCCCAGUAAUAAGUCUAUUUGGACUGACAUAUAUACUCUAGUUUACUGCCGGUCGCCCUUUAAGCUUCAAGUCCAUUAUAAGCUUGGUUCAGUUUCCUGCAAGCCACGCACGCUAGAACGAUCAUCGCGACACGCUCACGCUACGACGCACACCAGCUGGUCCGUCGCCUGCCAACGCUCCGAUGAACUUGGCACCAAAAUGAUCAUCCAUAGCAAUGGGAAACGCAACCUCAUAUUAUUACUAUUACUAUUCGGUUACUUUUAUUGCUAACUUUUCAUACGUGUACAGGUAUAUUAAAUGUUUGAAUAACUAUGAGAAUUGUUGUAAAUUGGAUAUUGAUACGAUAUAUCCUGUACAAACUUUUGAAAUAUGGAGGAAAUGUACUAAUAUAAAUUUUUAAAUACGAUUUUUUUUACGGGUUUAGAAUUCUAUUUGGGUAAUACGAGUGCAGUACGUUGCAAUAGGGGUCACGAACUGUUGCAAUACGGGGCCAUAAAUCCUUGCAAUAAGGGCUCUGCAAUAUGGAGUGAGAGGUAACUAGUGGAGGGAGAUAGUCGCUAGUGGUGAUGAAAUGGUUCAAUUUAUUCUUAACUAUUGUGAUGCAAAAAUCAAUGGAGUUAAUAAUAAUAAUAAUAAUAAUAAUAAUAAUAUAGAACUAACAGUCUCAUUUUACUUGCAAACACACAAACACGCGUCAGCUAACAAACAAAUUAUACACAGAAACCUAUAACAAGAACAAAAACACUGCAACAAACAAAAACCCAUCACAACAAACACGUAAACAACUCUCUAAUUACACAAAUAACUUAACAAACACAAAAACAUAAUAAAGCUCCUCUUUACUACAGGGAAACAAAGAAACAAGGAAAAAUAGAUCCCGGACCGCUACGAGUCUCCCCACCACCAUCACCUCCGUAGGGAAAUUUCCCCUAUAAUUUCCAUGUACUGUUGGCAAUCUCCGGGAAAAUUCACAAUUUGUUGGAUUUUCUACACCCCCUUCGUUGAUUUUUUCUUUGUGUAUAUGUCUGUCUUUGUCUGUCUGUCAUUCUGUCUAUAUUUGUGUUCGUUUCUGUCUCUCUUUCUCUCUCUCUCAGCUAAACAAACCAACACCAUCAGAACGCAUCACACAGAGUAGUGCGAGGGAUAACUGGUCCACCUCAUCUCCAUUACCUCAGACUCUCGUUUGACCUCGGAGUGCUGGCCGCUGGACACUGAAAAGGAUAUCUUUUUGUCGCUAUCUUUAUACAGGUCAAUAAUAUAGACUGUCGUUUGACCUCCGCGGAAACUGACAUGGAUAUUUUCUUAGUAUCUUUAUAAAAGGAAUAUGGACUCUCGUUUCACAUGUUCAUGUGAGGACACUAAAAUGGAUAUACUUUUGCUGUUAUCUUAUAGACAUUAUUAAUUAAAACUCUUCAUUAACUGCAACUGAUGAUAAUAUUGAUAUCUUUAGCUUGAUAUCUUACAGAAGGUGAUAGUUUAUACCCUCAUUUGACCCUCGAGUUACAGUAUUAUCCGAAAGAACAAAUUCAUUCAUAAACAAAACAUUCAGUAUUCUAGACCCUCAUUUGACCACCGAAGGCAACACGAACUUAUUCCGUUUGUUUACAGAGAGAACAUUACCUGAGAGAAGCUCCGCAGUGCUACACCAGGACGGUCAGCUGAUCGUGUUUUUGUUUACAUGAAGCUGCACGCCCACUCAUGCAUACAGACGAGAGAGA